GUAUCUUUGCACUGGCACAUCAUUUCCUACAGAAGGGCUCAGCUCCCAGACAUGCACGUUUCAGCUCUAAGGCUACAAAAUAGUUUUCGGCUAGCUGAAAGUUGCCGUCUUGAAACCUAGAUCCUUUAUCAUCCUCGCAGCAUUUGACGCUUGAGCACAAUGUUGACCAAUAGGGUAAACAGCAAUUGAUACAGCAAGUCCGGCACUUCGGUAGUUCCUAAGAGGGAGGCAUAAGCAUCAUGAAAGAAGUGAGAUUAAAUUCGUUAACUUGACGUCACCUUAAACACUGGGAUUAGAGCGGCCACAUGUCAACUCUUAAAGUUUAUUCAUAACAUCCUUCCUUCGUUAUUUGAGUGUGACGCAAGUUCUCGCAACUGUGCUGUGGCUUGCCUGCACUGAAACCUAGAUUUCGUAGUUUGUGUACCAUGGAGCAGUGAUUGACUAUUCGAGGGGAUUCUCCGGGCAUCCACCGCAGUAGCGGAGCUGAAACAGGGGUUCGAGUUGUUUUUAAUGUAGGUUUUUGAGUGCUUUCAAAGUGUUAGGAAAACACAGUCGGAUCAGCAGGGCUUCUUGCUCGGACAAUGGGUUCAGCUAUGAAUUUCCAGGUGGUAGUGCUCGCCGGGGGGGUUUCCAAAAAGCUCCAUCCGCUGGUAUCGAAAGAUGUUCCCAAGGCGUUGCUACCGCUGGGCAACAAGCCUGUGCUGUCGUAUGUACUGGAGCUCUUGGAGACUAGCAGUUUGAAGGAAAUUAUCCUUGUGGUCGCUGGAGAAGACGCUGCGCUGUGUGUUAGUAAUUGGGUGGCGGAGACCGUCCACGAUCGUCUUCGUGUUGAGGUGAUUGCUGCUCCGGAGGAUUCCGACACUGCUGACGCCUUAAGGUCUGUCAUGCACCGCUUGACGGCAGAGGACUUCCUGGUGGUGAGCGGGGAUCUUGUCUCGGAUGUGCCUAUUGGGGCUGUGGCAGCUACACAUCGACGACAGGGAGCUUUAAUCACAGCGUUGCUGUGUAACCGUGCGUUGCUUGGUUCAUCUGAACCUGGUAGUGAGAAGAUUAAGCUGCAGCCUGUGUCGGAUAUUAUUGGUUUGGACUCGACGCAACAGCAUCUUCUGUAUGUAGCUCCAGGCGCGGAGAUUGAGCGGGAUUUGCGAGUGCGACGCAGCCUACUUCGGGCUGUUGGAAACAUGGAAAUUCGAACAGAUCUUGUGGACGCCCAUCUAUAUGCCUUCAACAGGUUAUUGGUUCAGGGUGUUCUGGAGUCUAGACCAACUAUAAAGAGCAUCAAGCAAGAUUUGGUUCCUUACCUGGUAAGAACUCAACUGCGUUUAGGAGUCCCUUCGACAACGGUGGGAUCUCCUGCAGAGGAUAAGGACAAUCAACAUCCGCCUUCACUUCCAGACACGGAAGUUUUUGCUCAGUUGCUUCGGUCUUCCCAAUGUCAGCAUCGUGCUACAGCUUCUUCAUCGCCGCUAAAGUGCUGUACUUAUAUUGCAAGCAAAGGCAAAUUCUGCGUGCGGGUUAAUUCUUUGCAGGCAUACCUCGAUAUGAACAGAGAGAUUGCAGGAGAAGCAAUCCAUCUGACAGGCUAUGAAGUUUCUUCCCACAAUAAUGUCAUUCAUGAAACGUCACAAUUGGGUUGGAAGUCUACUGUGGGCCCUCAGUGUAUGCUAGGAGAAGGCUCCACCCUUGGUGAGAGGUGCAGUGUGAAGAGGUCAGUCGUUGGCAGGCACUGUCGCAUCGGUUCAAACGUGAAAAUCAUGAACUCGGUGGUAAUGGAUUACGUGACUGUUGAGGAUGGAUGUACCAUCCAGAACUCUAUCAUCUGCAGUAAUGCGAAUUUGCAGGAGCGGUGUUGUUUGAAGGAUUGUCAGGUGGGUACCGGUUACAUUGUGACUGCCCGAUUAGAGCUUAAGGGUGAGGCACUAGCGAAGAAGGAGAAGCUAUGAGCUCACAGUUGUGAACAAACAAUUCUCAGUUGACGGCAUUUUUUUUCAGUCCAUGAUAUCAAGUGCAGGACUUGCCUUUUCCAGAGGUUCUAAGGAUGUGGGCCUUCAUGCUCCUUGUUCAUGUUUCAUGUGCAAUGUAAAACGAGUCCCCUGAGUGUCAAAUGUCUCUAUCA